AUGUUCCUCUUCCAUCGGCUCCUGAAUCUCACCACGAUGAUGUACAAUGAGAAGGACCAGCUGACCGUGUGCGACUUCCUGAUCCCCGCUGAGCAGAGGCAGAGGCAGCUCGAGCGCUCCAGGCAGAUGGCUGCUGGAGCCCGCCCUGGCCCUGCGCCGCAGCAGAGCGAUCAGCCCCCCACGGAGCCGCCAAGGGAGCCGGCCGCAAGAGUUGGAGGUUCUCAGUUCGGCAGCUUUGCGGUCAGAGAGCAGCAGGAGGAGGAGGCGGAGGAGGCGGAGGAGGCGGAGGAGGAUGAUGAAAGUGAAAGCAGCGGUGUUAGUUGGUUCGUGUGCUCUUCGACAGAAGCCAUGCGCAUCUAA